AUGUCUUGCUAUGCCUUGGAUCUGAGCCGAAUGUCUUUUCUCUCCCCAGCAGACCCGCCUGUGGCCGCAGCUGUGGUGUCCCAUUUUAAUGACUGCCCUGCUUCCCACAGUCAGUUCUGCUUCCAUGGAACCUGCCGGUUUUUGGUGCAGGAGGACAAGCCAGCAUGUGUCUGCCACUCUGGGUACGUCGGCGCACGCUGUGAACACGCGGACCUCCUGGCCGUGGUGGCCGCCAGCCAGAAGAAGCAGGCCAUUACUGCCUUGGUGGUGGUCUCCAUCGUGGCCCUGACUGUCCUCAUCAUCACGUGUGUGCUGAUACACUGCUGCCAGGUCCGAAAACACUGUGAAUGGUGCCGGGCCCUCAUCUGCUGGCACGAGAAGCCCAGUGCCCUCCUGAAGGGAAGGACUGCUUGCUGCCACUCAGAAACAGUGGUCUGAAGAGCCCAGAGGAGGAGUUCUGCCAAAUGGCCUGCGGCAGCCUGAGAAAGAAAGGACUUCUUGAGGACGGCACGGCGAGGGCUGCCUGGGACGGGCCAGCAGACCUUUCCUACUCUGCCUGCCCUCGCCUAUGUGGGCUUUUUGUCUUGUGUGGGCCUUCAUUCAAAACUCUGUCCACAACUCUGUCUGCUUGGGGUUAUCCAGUGUGACCUGGAGAAGAAAUAAGUGGACCACAGUCUAAAGACUGGUCAGAAAUGAACGGCAUGGGGUGGACCUCCUGUUUACCUAAUGAGCUGUGUGCGUUGGCAUCUGUGUCCAGGUGUGUGUAGGUGUGUUCUGCCAGUCACGGAUGCCAGGCUGU